ACCACCACCACCACAACAACAACAACCAUAACAACAACAACAGUGGAUUAAUUAAAUAUAAUGAAUUUUAAGGUGAAUUCAUUCAAGUGAACACCACCUAUUACUACUACUACUAUCAUAGUAAUAAUUAAUUAUUUAUUUAUUUUAUCAUAAUCAUAAUGAAUUUGGAUAUAAACACUGAACAAGAGAAAAUAAAUAUGAUAGAAACUAUAAAUAAUACUGAUGAAAAUACUACUGCUACUACUACUACGACGACGACUACUACUAACAUAAGUCCCACAGUUACAACUACUAUGACAACUAUAACUACAAAUAUUCAUUCUAAAUCAAUUGAAAAUAGUUUAUAUGAAAGACGUAGAAAUUGGCGUAUACAUCAAAUGAAAUCAUGUAUGGAACCACCAAUAAAUGUUUCAAUGACAUCAAUUUAUAAUAAAGAAGAUGAUGGAAUAAGAAUGAUUAAUAUGUCUAAAAAAUCAGAUAUAUUAUAUAAUAAAGAAAAUUGGUGGGGAAAAACUAUUAGUCAUGAACCCAGUGUAUUAAUAACUCCUUUUGCCCAAAUUUUAGCCAUUCUAAAUCGGGCACGAGAUUUCCUAUCCAAUUAUACUUCAAACUCUCCCUCUUAUUCUCCGCAUGAUCCUAAUAUGUGUAGCACGAAGUCAAUCGGCUGUGAUGAAAAAUAUGUUAAUUGUCUACAACGAUUUGAUGUACAUUAUGUGAAUCAAUUGUUGAAUGAAUUUGAUUGGUGUUUAGAAGUAUUGGACAGUUUACAAAGUAAACGUUCUGUAAGCAGUUUAACCCGAAUGAAAUUACGUAGUCUUCUUAGUCAAGAGUUGGCUGCUUCAUUCAAUCAAUCAAAUGACAAAAUUAUCAAGAAAGAUUCAUUAAAAAAAUCAACCACAACAACUCACAAUGUUCGUUUCGAUGAUUUAACUUCAAAAAACACCUCUUUACUAAUACAUAAUCAAGAUAACAAUAAUAAAAGGUCAAAUAUUAGUCAAAUACAAAAACGUAAACAACAAUUUAGAAGUUGUAGAUCACAAGUUUGUGAAUAUAUUUGUAAAACAUUUCUUGAAGAAGAUGAUGACGAAGAUGCUGACCAUAAUCAUGAAGAUGAUGGUGAUGAGGAGGAGGAGGAGGAGGAGAAGGAAGACAACUCCAAAAACAUAUCAUCUUAUAAUCUAUCUACAGAAAAAUCUAUUCAUUUGAAUAGUCCAAAGUCCAAACUUCGAUUCAGUGAUAAAUAUGAAGAAAGAAUGAAUGAAUCCAGCGAGACAACCGAGUCUAUAACUGAAUUAAAAUCUACCUCAUCUACACAAUUCAAUGAUACAGAUGUAAUAUCUGAUACAUUAAAGUUAAUUGCAUUGAAUAUUGAACAUGUUGAUCAUUCAAUAGUGGAAAAUUUUAUCAUAAAUAAUCAAUCGAAUUUAGCUCCAGAUCUAUUUAAAUUAGAUCAAAUUUCCAAUCAUCAUCCUUUAAGUACAUUUGGUUUUUAUUUGUUUAUGAAAACGAAUGUAUUACAGAAAUUGUCUAUACCUUCAGUGACAAUGUUGAAUUGUUUAAGACAAAUUGAGUCACUAUACAAUUCAACUGCACCAUUUCAUAAUUCAAUUCAUGCCUUAGAUGUACUACAUGCAACUUAUCAAUUAUUUCAAUGUAAUAGUUUAAAAAAUAUCUUCAGUGAUCUUGAAACAUUUGCAAUUUUCUUUGCUAGUGCUAUACAUGAUAUCGACCAUCCUGGUUUAACAAAUCAAUACCUUAUAAAUACAAAUCAUGAAUUAGCUCUAUUAUAUAAUGAUAUAUCAGUUUUGGAAAAUCAUCAUUUACAUGUAGCAUUUAAAUUAAUUAAUACACAGAUAGAAUGUGAUUUUACAAAAUAUUUUACAAAUCAACAAAAGCUGUUAUUUCGUAAAAUGGUUAUUGCUUUAGUAUUAUCUACUGAUAUGAGUAAACAUAUGUCAUUAUUGGCUGAUUUAAAAACAACCGUUGAAAAACAAAAAGCAUUUCAAGGCAAUGUAAUCAAUCUGGAUAGUUAUUCAGCUCGUAUGCAGAUAUUAGAAUGUAUAAUACAUGCAGCUGAUUUAAGUAAUCCAACAAAGCCAUUAAAAAUCUAUCAAGAAUGGGUAUCAAGAAUUAUGGAAGAAAUGUUUCGUCAAGGUGAUCAAGAGAAACAAUUUGGAAUUGAAAUUAGUCCAAUGUGUGAUAGAGAAACUGCAUGCAUUUACAGUACACAAAUUGGUUUCAUUGACUAUAUAGUUUAUCCAUUAUGGGAGACAAUGGCUGAACUCUUACAUCCAGGUUUACAAGUUCUAAUAGAUAAUAUAACAAACAAUAGAAACUGGUAUGUGAAAGCAAAAGAGGAAGAAGAAGGAGUAAAAGACGAGAACAAGAAGAACAACAGUAUUGAUCAAUAGUACUACUACUACUAAUAAUAAUAAUAAUAAUAAGUAGUACUAUUUUAUUUUGUAAAAAAGAUAUUUCAUUAAAUUUUUAGAAAAACAAAAACAAACAAACAAUUGAACAAACAGUAUUGAUUUUUCUUUGAUCGAUAUAUAUUGAACAGAACACCUUAAUGUCCAUGUUGGUAAAAACGGAAAACCUUCAUUAAACUCUACCAUCAAUCCAUCUAUCUUUUUUUUUAUAUAUAAAAAACCUCUUUUUAGAACAUUUUAUGCCAAAUAAGAAAAAAAAGUCUUUAUGUAAAAAGCAUGAAUUAAAAUAAAUUAGAGGAAAAUUCAGAUCUUAUUUG